CUUGAAUGUGUUCGUGUGUCAACAUUUGACUGGUACUGUAAGUAUUCAGACCCUUUGCUAUGAUACUCAAUUGAGCUCAGGUGCAUCCUGUUUCCAUUGAUUGUCCUUGAUGUUUCUACAACUUCAUUGGAGUCCACUUGUGGUAAAUUCAAAUGAUUGGACAUGAUUUGGAAAGGUACACCUGUCUAUAUAACAUCCCACAAUUGACAGUACAUGUCAGAGCUCCUAGACAGGAUUGUGUCGAGGCACAGAUCUGGGGAAGGUUACCAAAAAAUUUCUGCAGCUUUGAAGGUCCCCAAGAACACAGUGGCCUCCAUCCUUCUUAAAUGGAAGAAGUUUGGAACCACCAUGACUCUUCUAGAGCUGGCCGCCCCACCAAACUGAGCAAUCGGGGGAGAAGGGCCUUGGUCAGGGAGGUGACAGAGCUCCAGAGUUCCUCUGUGGAGAUGGGAGAACCUUCCAGAAGGAUAACCAUCUCUGCAGCUCUCAACCAAUCAGGCCUUUAUGGUAGAGUGGCCAGACAGAAGCCACUCCUCAGUAAAAGGCACAUGACAGCCUGCUUGGAGUUUGCCAAAAGGCACCUAAAGACUCUCAGACCAUGAGAAACAAGAUUCUCCGGUCUGAUGAAAUCAAGAUUGAAGUCUUUGGCCUGAAUGCCAAGCGUCACGUCUGGAGGAAAUCUGGCACCAUCCCUACGGUGAAGCAUGGUGGUGGCAGCAUCAUGCUUGGAUGUUUUUCAGCGGCAAGGACUGGGAGACUAGUCAGGAUCGAGGGAAAGAUGAAUGGAGAAAGUACAGAGAACCUUGAUGCUAACCUGCUCAGGACCUCAGUAGGGAGAACGUACACCUUCCAACAAGACAACAACACUAAGCUCACAGCCAAGACAACGCAGGAGUGGCUUCGGGACAAGUAUCUGAAUGUCCUUGAGUGGCCCAGAUCGAACAUCUCUGGCGAGACCUGAAAAUAUUUGUGCAGAAAAUUUCCCCAUCCAACCUGACAGAGCUUGAGAGGAUCUGCAGAGAGAAUGGGAGAAACUCCCUAAAUACAGGUGUGCCAAGCUUGUAGUGUCAUACCUAAGACGACUUGAGGCUGUAAACGCUGCCAAAGGUGCUUCAACGAAGUACUGAGUAAAGGGUUUGAAUACUUAUGUAAAUGUGAUAUUUCAGCUUUUUAUUUUUAAUACAUUUGCAGACAUUUCCAAAAACUUGUUUUUGCUUUGUCAUUCUGGGGUAUUGUGUGUAGAUAAUGGGGGGAAACAAUUUAAUAUAUAAAAAAAAAGGCUGUAACAUAAUACAAUUUGGAAAAAGUCAAGGGGUCUGAAUACUUUCUGAAUGCACUGUAUAUCUGUGUAGGAUGUCUCGCUUAGGAGAAGAAGCAGCAGGGGUGAGGACAGAAUAGUUUCAUCAAAGGCCAGUCUAGUUGGGGCUCAGAUUUCUGUCUGUAUCAUCGCUGUAAGAGACUGAGACAGCAAUUGUUGUGCUGUCUGGGAGACAAAAUAGAAGAAAGCAGGAGUCAAUGAAAAAUGUAACACAACAGGGAAAUUUACAUAAUGGCCAUGAAAGGCUGUUUUAUGAAAACAGCUAGUAUUUGAUGUUGGGAUAAUGAUAAUUGAAACUGACUUGUUGAAAUUUAAAUGUUUAUUUAACCUUUUAUUUAAUUAGGCAAGUCAGUUAAGAACAAAUUCUUAUUUACAAUGACGCUGGGCCAAUUGUGCAUCACCCUAUGGGAAUCCAAAUCACGGCCGGUUGUGAUCAGCCUGGAUUCGAACCAGGGUGUCUGUAGUGACGCCUCUAGCACAGAUGCAGUGCAUUAGACUGCUGCUCCACUCUUCUCAACACUCCCAGUGAAUUAGUGCUAGACUAGUUAAUGCUCACAUGACCAGACAGUCUGUUCAGCCUCAUUAGCAGUGUGUUUACACUAGUUUAUUAACAGCAUUAAUAGUGGCAGCCGUGCAGUGCUUGGAUCUGUGUCUGACCUUGACAGCCAGAGCCGCAGCAGCAGUCUGUUGAAUUAAGCUGAUAAGAAAUGCAAUACCUAGAGUCAAUGCAGGGCACCUGACUGCCCAGUGUGGAGUAGACUAGAGGUGUUGCUGCUGUCUCCACUAGCUAUAGUCCUUCUGUCAGGGAUGUCUAAGCACAUAGACACACUGCUGCUUAAAGGGAAGAAGGGAGAAGAUGAAAAGCUCAGCAGCAUCAGCAAAGCCAUCAACUCCAACGAGGCGCCUGUGAAAGAGAAACAUGCACGCCGGAUAAUUCUGGGGACCUACAGGGAGAAGGGGGCCUUUACCUUCUGGUCCUAUGCCUUGGGCAUCCCCUUGUCCAGCAACUCCAUCCUCAGCUGGAAGUUCUGUCACGUGCUUCACAAAGUGCUGCGGGAUGGCCACCAUAAUAGCCUUCAGGACUGCAUGAGACAUCACGGUAACAUAGUUGAGAUGGGGCAACUAUGGGGCAACCUUCAUGACAGAUAUGGACAGCUGGUGGCUCUGUACUGUAAGCUCCUUUGCACAAAGAUGGAGUUUCACAUGAAGCAUUCUGAAAUCCGAUCCAACCUAGAGGUGACAGAUGAGGUUCUAGAGCGUGUUGCAGGAACAGACGUCAAUAAUGUGUUCCAGCUCACUGUGAAAGUGUUUGAUUACCUGGAUGCAGAGUUGAGGCUAGCCGAGACAGUGAUCCGGCAGCUCAACACGUCCAUUGCUAUCUCUACGACGACGUCAGGCCAGUGUCGCCUGUCCCCCCUCGUCCAGGUCAUCCAGGACUGCAGUCACCUCUACCACUUCACCGUCAAGCUGCUUUUCAAACUGCAUGCCUGUCUCCCAGCAGACACCUUGCAAGGACACCGUGAUCGUUUUCAUGACCAGUUCCACAGCCUCAAGACCUUCUUCAACAAAGCCAGAGACAUGCUGUACUUCAAGAGACUCAUCCAGAUCCCCAAGCUGCCAGAAUCUCCUCCUAACUUCCUGCAUGCGGCCUCCCUGGCCAAGCAUGCGAGGCCAGUGGUGGUCAUCGCAAGUGAGGAUGAGCCCGAGCAGCAGGAGGAUGAUGACGAUGAUGACCCAGAACCGCUUAUCAAUGUCAGCGACGUCACCAUGCCCAGCAUGAUGGUGCCACAGCAGUUCGACAAAUUUGAUCAGACUUUCGGACCUGCCAAUGACAGGGAUAUCCAGAUUGAGAACCUCCAGCAGGAUUUGGCGCUAUUGAGGGCAGAUCUAGAAAGGGUCAAAGGAGAGGCCCAGCGCUACAUCACACAGCUCAAGUCCCAGAUUAACAGCCUUGAGACAGAGCUGGAAGAGCAGCGGGUGCAGAAACAGCGUGCCCUGGUGGAGAAUGAACAGCUGCGCAUGGAGCUGGAGGCCACGCGGCGCCGCAACGCUGAACACGAGAUCGUGCAGGCCACCUUCGGAGAGGCGGAGACGAGAGCCCAAGCCACAGAGCAGCGCUACACCAAGCUAAAGGAGAAGCAUACUGAGCUGGUGUCCAGCCAUGCUGAACUGCUCAGGAAGAGUGCAGACACUGUGAAGAUUCUGUCGGCAACACAGCAGACCCAGGAGGAGGUGGAGAGGACCAAGCAGCAGCUGGCUUUCGAGGUGGAUCGCAUCAAACUGGACGCUGACAUGAAGCUUGAGGAGCAGAAGUUUGAGAUGAAGAAGCUUAAAAGGGAUUUUGAUGAAAAGCGGGCUGAGGUGGAACAUGUCAAAGGCACUCUGCAGCGCACUGAGAAGGUGGGGGAACAGCUGACCAGCUCUCUGUUGGCGCUGCAGGCGGAGAAAGAGCGCCUGAUGCGCUCUGCGAGUGAAAAGGAGGCCGAGCUGUCAUCCCUGAGCCAGGCUGCACAGCUGCAGCAGUCUUCUCUACAGCAGGAGAGAGAGCGGAGCACCAGGGAGCUGGGAGAGCUGCAGGGCAAGCUGCAGGAGAAGUCAAGACGUGAGGUGCAGUUGCAGCAGAAGCUGCUGGAGGAGCAGUUCUCCCUGCUGCAGGGAACGAUCUCUGAGGCUGAGUGCAUCAUUCAGGAUGCUGUGGCCAAGCUGGACGACCCCCUGCAUAUCCGCUGCACCAGCUCCCCAGAUUACCUGGUCAGUCGGGCAGAGGCCACUUUGGGCUCCAUUGACAAAGUGAAAAAAGGUCACUCCGACUACCUGACGAACAUGGGAGAUGCUGGUGGGCUACUGAGGGCCCUGACCAACUUCUCCCACCUGGCUGCUGACACCAUCAUCAACGGCAGUGCAACAGCACACUUGGCUCCCACUGACCACUCCGACCGUCUGACAGAGAAUUGCAGGGGCUGUGCCACUCAGAGUCUGCAGUUCCUGAAGGAUCUCAAGUCCAAGGCCUCCCUUCAGAGGGCAGACCCGGCCUCCAUUCGCAUAGUGGUUGAAAAGAUCCUGAGGCUGGGGGAGGAGCUGCGACCUAAAGGCAUGGAUGUGCGGCAGGAUGAGCUGGGAGAUCUGGUGGACAAGGAGAUGGCAGCCACAUCAGCCGCAAUUGAGAAGGCAGUGCGCAGAAUCGAUGAAAUGAUGAACCAGGCCCGAAUGGACACCUCAGGGGUCAAACUCGAGGUCAAUGAGAGAAUCCUCUACAGCUGCACAGACCUGAUGAAGGCCAUCCACCUGUUGGUCCUGACAUCCACCGACCUACAGAAGGAGAUUGUUGAGGGUGGAAGGGGUGCAGCCACUAUUAAGGAAUUCUACGCCAGGAACUCCCGUUGGACUGAGGGACUCAUCUCUGCCUCCAAAGCUGUGGGAUGGGGAGCUACGCAGAUGGUUGAGUCUGCUGAUAAGGUGGUGCUGCACACUGGCAAAUAUGAGGAGCUCAUUGUCUGCUCCCACGAGAUCGCUGCCAGCACGGCACAGCUGGUCGCAUCCUCCAAGGUAAAAGCAGACCGCAACAGUACGAAACUGACAGCUCUCCAGCAGGCUUCUCGCCAUGUGAACGAGAUGGCAGCCAACGUGGUGGCCUCCACCAAGACAGGCCAGGGGCACCUGGAGGACAAGGAUACCAUGGACUUCUCUGGAAUGUCUCUCAUCAAGCUAAAAAUGGAGGAAAUCGAGUCACAGGUGAAGGUGUUGGAGCUGGAGAAUCAGCUGGGUAAUGAGCGUCUGCGCCUGGGAGAGCUCAGGAAGAAGCACUAUGAUAUUGCAGGUGUCCCAGCAGCAGACCUCUCAGAGGGCAACGGCCUGGACCCCUCGCCUGCCCCUGUUGCACCCUCCUCACCCAAACCCUCCAAGCCUAGUGUCAUGAGGAAACCUGACUUGGCUCAGAAACCCAACUUACCGCCUAAAAAUAUGUUCAGGUAGACAGCAACAGGCUAGAGGACAUCUUCAUAGUGGAUGAUUGGGUUGAUCUGAGACACAGGGAUCUUUUGAGCUGCCUCCAACCGGACAAUCCUCUGUCCCAAACCCAAACUCUCUGCCUAUUUCUUUUGCCAAACUGGAACUUGUGCUCCCCUCUUCAGCCUGGUUUUAUCUCUCGGUGCUUUCUGCCUGUGAAAGAGAUACGCUCUAUCCUUCUUUUAUAGAUAAACCACAAUGUGUCACCGAGGUGGUAUUCUUUGUUUUUGUGGACCAUAAUGGUAUCAAGAACUGAAAGGGAAAAUGUUUAUGAAAUUAUGCAAAUCGUUUGUAAUGGAACAAUGUCAUUUUGUGUCUGAGCUUUUUAAUAUAGCUUCUUUUAAAAGACCGUUGUGCAUAUAAUUGUAUUAGUAUGGACAGGAUCACUUUAACAUCAUAAAAUGACAAGAGUAUUGAAUUAGGCCGUAUCUGGGACAGCAUCUUGGUGCACAUUAUUUGGGAGCCUUUUUGUGGAGUGCGUCACUGUAUUCUUUUUGUUAUUUGUCUAUGUUGGUUGCUGUGUGGGGGAAGGAGGUAGACAUUGGCGCACAGAUCAUGUGGAAAAGCACAUUUUUACACAGUCCCUAUUCGAUGUCUCUGCAUAAGUUCCAGGGUGUCAUUCCCCCUAGCUUGACCCUAUAUGUAAUUGGGACUGUAGUCUCGUCCUCACCUCUUUCCAUAUCACUACAUGCAUGAUCAGUAAGACCAGGGGGUGAAGAUGUUUAGAGAUCUUCCAACGCUGUUUAGGUUACUGCAUUUGAUUCUAGAUUUGACCAAUUACCCGCAGAUCCAAGAACCGCUCGAUCAGUAACUAUACACAUGGACAUAAGUACAAUUAUGUAUUUUUAUAUACAAUAGGAAAUUUACUCAAUAGGGACUUAAUCUGCACAUCACAAAUUAUUCUUUGCAUCUCUUAUGUGCCCCCAAGACACUGAAUGUCUCUCUCUAACACUGUGUAUGUAAAACUGGCUAUGUAGUUACAGGACAUUGGUUAAAAAUGUUGGCACACAAAGGGAAUCUCUGUACUUGACAAUGAACAAGUCUCACCUUUUUUUAAAGGGACUUUUUUGCUACUUUCCCAGGCUGAAAAGGGAUGGAAUAUAAUGUGAGAGGGUGAUGGCACAAGGGGUCUAUACAGGAUAUACAGUAUGUUGAACCCUUCUUUUGCUUCUGUGAGCAUAAAAUGCUUGCUUUUCCCUUUCCUCUGUAUUAAACAUGUAUUUUAUAUAUUAAAAUCAAGUAAUAUAUUUUAGUAAAGAUUGCUGUUACUGUGGUUCCUCUUUAUACAUGUCAAAUAAACAAAUGUUAGUGUG